CCGAGCUCGGACACAGAGGCAGGCAACAGAUAAGAGCAGGGUGCAAGAUGGCUUUCCCAGCUUGCUGAGGGAUUUUGCCGUAAACCUUCUCCUGCUGUCCAUGCUUCUAGGAUACUGAGACAAAGGGCUUGGCUCUCAGGCGUUUAGAACUAGAAGGCGUCAGCUCAAAUGAGUGUACCUGCAGCAACAGCACAGAAAGCAGACAGCAACAGUGAAAUGCAAUCGGCUGCAGUGAGUCCGUCGUUCAUUCCCAGCCAGCCGGGCAAGAUACCAGGCAGGAAGAGAGGGAGACCCCCGCUACGCAAUGUUGCCAAGAUGGAUUUUCCAAAUCGCUAUGCUGAGUCUCUCCCUCCCUUGAAAGUGCCGAAGAAGAGGGGCAGGAAGCCAGGUUUCAAGCUGAAGCCCAGGAUGGGGAUGACCCCGCUGGCCAUCUCCCCGCCCAGCAGCACCCCAGAGCCAGACAUGAGCUCGAUCCCCCAAGACGCCGCAACCAUCCCCCACUCCGCCACACCCCAGGUGCUCACAGUCUGUAUCUACAUUAACAAACAGGCCAACAUGGGGCCUAACCUGGACAGGAAGAAGGUCCACCAGCUCCCAGAUCACUUUGGGCCUGACCGGCCCUCGGUGGUGCUACAGCAGGCCGUCCAGGGCUGCAUUGACAGCGCCUUCCAGCAGAAAGCUGUGUUCACUCUGCUCACACAGGGCUAUGGAGGGGAGAAAAUAUCAGCCACGUUUGAUGGGAAACAACACCUAUUGAGUCUCCCUGUUGUGAACAGUAUUGGCUAUGUACUGCGCUUCCUGAAGAAGCUGUGUCGCAGCUUGCACUGUGAAAACCUCUUCAGUGACCAGCCCAUCACCCAGCACAGCUCUGGCUCCUACCACUCCGAUGCAGAAACGUUGAUGGCUGAGGGGUACCUUCUAGACCCAUCAGACUCCAAGCAGUACUCGGGGGAUCCAGGUGACUCCGCCUUCAGCUCCAUAAGCUCCACCUACUCGCCAAAGUCCUCGUAUGGGUUCCGCUCGUCCCAGCAGUUCCCCAAGGGAAGUUGCCGACAGACGUCCAGCCCCAACUGCAACGCUUUCAUGGAGACCAACAGAAUUGGUUACAACCCCUCCCCUGAGGGCCAGGAGUCCAAACCGCCCCCCAGUAAGGACCCCUCCGCCUGGUCUGUGGAAGACGUGGUGUGGUUCAUCCGGGAUGCAGAUCCCCAGUCCCUGGGUCCCCAUGUGGAAGUCUUCAGGAAACAUGAGAUAGACGGAAAUGCUUUGUUACUUCUGAAGAGUGACAUGAUUAUGAAAUACCUAGGACUGAAGCUCGGGCCAGCCUUGAAGUUGUGCUACCACAUCGACAAACUGAAGCAGACCAAGUUCUGAAUUUUGGUUCUUUUUAUUUCCAUUUCACCAAAUGGUGGGACUCCACAGUGUAUUAUAUUGCUUAUAUAAGUUUUGCAUUUCAAGACUAUAGUUUAGUUUAAAGACAACUGAUCAAUGGCUCUCUGGUCUAAAGUUGUGAAUAUUACCUUUCUUAUUUUGUUGAAUACAACAUGUAGAGUCAUUACUGAUUAUUUUAUUGACAUGGAAGCUGUUUUGUUGACAGGAUAGAUAGAACGCUGAAAUUAUUUGUGAAGAAACACAUGACUAAAUCAGUUUGAGAUGUGAUGACUUGAAACAAAAAUCUUUAAAUGCACAUCCUUUGAUACACAGUUUUUCUUCAGUUUCCGAUAUUGGACUUAGUCCCAGACUGUGAAAGAUUCUGAAUCUAGAUUCUAGAAUAUACAUUCCAGAGACUAGAGUCUAGAAUCUAGAUUCUCAAUUCCUAAAAAUAAUUUUACUCUAGAUCUAAUAUGUAGCUAGAAGACACCCUUAUAUAUUAAUUAGCAGAAGCAUUUAAUUCAUGCAGAAAAUGUUUGGACUUAUUCUGUUAUUAGCUACACAGAAUUAGCUCACGUUUAAUUAAAUUUGUACACAAAAACUGUAACCAUCAUAUAGAUAUACUAAAUUGACUGUCUAUAUGUCUAUAUAAUUUUAUUAAGAGUAGUGUAAAUGUGUUUAAAAACAAACACACAAUGCCUGUUUGCUUCGGUAAAAACACUACGUUUGACAAAUCAAGAUUAUAUCAAGUAUCUCCACUGCCUAUACACACAGUUAUAAAAACUGAUAGAUAUCAUUCACCAUUCCUGUAAAUGUCUUUUACCAUGUUAUUAUUAUAUAGCAUGGCAAACAAAACUAAUGAAAAGAAAAAGGUCAUAGAAGAGGAAUGUCACGCUGCAAAAACGUUGGUGACUUCCCAGGCUAUCAUAUAAUAUUUCUUUUGUAUGCCAUUUUGGCGUAGAAUAUGCAUCCUUUUCACAGUAUUAACCUUUGUAAGUGAAUGCUGCUGUAAAAGAUAUCGACAUGAUGUACUGUUCCAUCAUGCCAAGUGAGAUCAAGCUGAGACAAUGCUUUUUAUGAUCAUUAUUUAUUUUUUUAAAUCAUAAUGAACACAGUGUCAGAGGAUCCGCUGGAUUAGUAAAGACAGGUGCUAAUGUUCACAAUGUGGUUUAAAAUCUUGUUUGAUUUUGUGUUGUGAAGUUUACAUGAAAACAAUUAUGUGUGUAUUUAACCUGGAUGUAUAUCGUAUGUGAGUAUUAAAUUAAGAAA